GAGGAAGCUAGCUCUAGCUGAGCGAGCUUCUUGAGCUGGACUGACCACAGACAACCUACCUAGUCUAGUACAUGAGACUUCGCUCCACUUCAGCCAACGGCAUAUUCACAUUCUCAUCCUUACCGGCUCUUGACGUUUCCGAAACCGUUAAAUCGUUCAGAUUCAGACGAACGAUUGUGGGAAUUCCAGCAGCCAUUAGACCGAGCCUAGACCAGCCAAGUGUCUCAGCUUUCGUCCCUUUACUUUUGUCACCACCAUCCUCACACGAGACACAGAUGGGCACGAACUCGGUCACAAUGACGCUUGUCCGUCCAGUCAAUCGAUCAAAUGACUUUGUGCUUUUCUUUAUUGAUGCCGUUCGAUAUGUAGAGAGGUCUCGGUAUUCAGGGACCUUCAAAUUUAUCUCGAGAACGAGCUAUUAUUGGGCUUUUGCCAUCUCGAAACCAGCCAGUCUCCCUCUUGGCACUCUAGCACCAACCGCAGUUGCUACCCCAAUUCGCAUAUCUCCUAUCAUGGGGAUCAUAAAGAUUCGUAUGCCAAGACGACGCAGUCUGUCGCAUAUUUCAACCCCUUGGGAAGGAGAUCGGCGGCAGAAAGCUUAGAGUUGAAAAGCAAGGCAACACAAGCAAUCCUAGGUCUUUUACGGAGUCGUUGCUCAGGAAUCAGUCAUUAGCUAGCCUGGGGGAGCAAAAAAAACAGAUACCAUAUGCUCUAGGUGAUAAAAAUAGUUAGACAAGUCUUGCAUAAAUUUCAUGGUCUUACAGUCUAGCUUAUUUUAUCGCCGCAGCUAAAUGUCCAA